AUGAGCGGCUGCGAGAGCCGGGACGGCAGCGAGCAAGCCGCGUCAGCAACGACCUUCGUUCCAAAACGACCCAGCGGGAGCCCGCCGCAACUCUGCUUGCCUCCAAGCAUCACGGAGAUGAAGCAGGCUUUAAGGCGUAUGAAAAGUCAACCGUCAGAGAGCACUGGCAGCCCGCCCCAGCUCCGCCUGCCUCUCAGUGUGAAGGAAAGAAAACUGGCUUUAAGGCGGAUGAAAAGCGCGGAGAAGGUGGGAGAGCAGACGGGGAAAGGCGUACCUUGCGGUUCCAGUUACCGUAACAAUUCCGACGCGACUUAUGAUGAUCCAUUAUCCCAUGAUUAUGAUCGGCAACCCAGCCUGCUCGUCGCAGACAUCAUGGGCGACUUCCCGCGACACCAAGUCGCGCUUUCCACGUUCGCGCCGGUUCCGCUCCCCCCUUCCCGCCCGUUGAGACGCGGAGUGACUUACCACUUAAUCGAAGCAUCGCAUAAGCGGGGAGACGGCGACAACAGUUGGCAGGAUCUGACAUUGCAAGCUGCGAUUGUGUCUGGAGUGAAGAAUAGCGCAUCGACGGAAUCCUUGAUCGGAUUCACUCGAAGCAGUAGCGAACCCAACGUUGCCUCCGCCUGUGCACUGCGUUGGUCGCUGAAGCUGUGUUCAUCUCGAAUUCAAAUCACACUGCACUGGCAGCUGCAGAACGGGGUUGCAUGCCAUUCCGCACUUGAAGCUACAGCCGUGGCACAAAACUUGAGCAUCAUCGGUCGAGUAGGCUGCCACAGGAAGAAGGGCACAUCGCACCAUCGCCUACGUGCAGGUCAGUUUUCACAGAGCCAUCCGCAGCACAUGCUUCCCCAUGUCCCCUUCCUUGCUUCCCCGUGUCCCCCCAUCCCCUUCCCUGCUUCCCCCCAUCCCCUUCCCUUUCUCCCCCAUCCCCUUCCCUUUCUCCCCCCAUCCCUUUACAUGCUUCCCCCCAUCCCCUUCCCUGCUUCCCCCCAUCCCCUUCCCUGCUUCCCCAUGUCCCCUUCCCUGCUUCCCCCCAUCCCCUUCCCUGCUUCCCCCCAUCCCCUUCCCUGCUUCCCCCCAUCCCCUUCCCUGCUUCCCCCCAUCCCCUUCCCUGCUUCCCCCCAUCCCCUUCCCUGCUUCCCCAUGUCCCCUUCCCUGCUUCCCCUCAUCCCCUUCCCUGCUUCCCCAUGUCCCCUUCCCUGCUACCCCCCCAUCCCCUUCCCUGCUUCCUCCCAUCCCAUUCCCUGCUUCGCCGUGUCCCCUUCUCUGCUUCGCCGUGUCCCCUUCCCUGCUUCCCCCCAUCCCCAUUCCUGGUUCCCCCCAUCCCCUUCCCUGCUUCCCCCCAUCCCCUUCCCUUCUUCCCCCCAUCCCUUUACAUGCUUCCGCCCAUCCUCUUCCCUGCUUCCCCCAUCCGCUUCCCUGCUUCCCAUGCCCCCUUCCUUGCUUCCCCGUGUCCCUUUCCCUGCUUUCCCCCAUCCCCUUCCCUUCUUCCCCCCAUCCCUUUACAUGCUUCCCCCCAUCCUCUUCCCUGCUCCCCCCCAUCCCCUUCCCUUUCUCCCCCCAUCCCUUUACAUGCUUCCCCCCAUCCACUUCCCUGCCUCCCCCAUCCCCUUCCCUGCUUCCCCGUGUCCCUUUCCCUGCUUCCCCCCAUCCCAUUCCCUACUUUCCCCCAUCCCCUUCCCUGCUUCCCCAUGUCCCCUUCCCUGCUUCCCCCUUCCCCUUCCCUGCUUCCCCCCAUCCCCUUCCCUGCUUCCCCCCAUCCCCUUCCCUGCUUCCCCCCAUCCCCUUCCCUGCUUCCUCCCAUCCCCUUCCCUGCUUCCCCGUGUCCCCUUCCCUGCUUCACCCAUUCCCAUUCCUGGUUCCCCCCAUCCCCCUCCCUGCUUUCCCCCAUCCCCUUCCCUUCUUCCCCCCAUCCCUUUACAUGCUUCCCCCCAUCCUCUUCCCUGCUUCCCCCCAUCCCAUUCCCUACUUUCCCCCAUCUCCUUCCCUGCUUCCCCAUGUCCCCUUCCCUGCUUCCCCCUUCCCCUUCCCUGCUUCCCCCCAUCCCCUUCCCUGCUUCCCCCCAUCCCCUUCCCUGCUUCCUCCCAUCCCCUUCCCUGCUUCCCCGUGUCCCCUUUGUUGAAUUAG